AUGCCCCGCAGCUCGAAUGCCACUUCCAGACAGCAGUUCAAGGAGGAAAUGCGUGCUGCCUGGGAGGCAGUUGACAAGUUGCUAGACCCAGAGCUGGUUUUUGGCAAGCGCCGUGGCCGCAGAGCGUCCUUAGCCUUGCAGUGCGUCCCCGUCAACUUCAUUGCCACGUUAGUGAACUAUCCUCAAACACGCAAAUCCCAGAACACAAAGUUGGUCAAGAUUUUGGCGGAUGCGCUAGAUGCGCAUGUUGCGGCUUUGGCCGAAGAAGCUGUUUCUCGCAGCCUUGCCAAGCAGGGCGACGCCGGUCCACAACAAGCAGAUACUUCUGGCGCCAAAAAGCCCCGAUUGCGUGUGGCCAGUUCCACCAUUACGUGCUUCACGCCCGAAGUCUUUUUUGAGCGUUUUUCCGGUGAUUUUCAGCAGCUGUGCAACGCUGAUGAGGUCGGUGUGCAGGACGGGCUGGUGCUCCUAUCAGAGCCAUGCUGUUACGUCACCUUUCCCGCUUUCAAUUUUCAUCGUUCCAUUGUGUGCCACUCCGUCACCCUGCGCGGGGCGGCUGCAAGGGACGUGCUUGCCAGCGAUGGCUAUCACGCAGGUCAACCGGUCAACCACUGUAAGUCUAGCCAGCCAUUUGUUGAUGCCUGUCGUUCGGCGUUGCAGCGCAGGAGCUCAAUACUUCUUUCCAUUUUGGCCGCAUCGCGAAUGUGGACGAAGCGUAUGCCACCUUCGCAGCCUUUGGCCUCAUCGCUGACGACUCGCGCAAAGGUGCAGCUGCGGCGCUGGCAGUCAAUCAGCACGGGGGAGUUGAACCGCUUGCUCCAGUUUGGAGAAUGUUCCAGAACAACCAAGACCAGCGGUACCUUUGGCGAAGGUGCCACGCCGCCAGUGAGCUCUUCCAUCAUGGCAAACAUGCACCCGGAAGUCGCGUUGCCCAUGGAAAGGGCGGAAAUUGGGAACCAUGUUGGGCGCACCAAGGAGCGCAUUAUGUUCUACACAGCGGAGCCAAUCCCACCACACAGCCCUUUGCCGCCUGAAUACAUCCUUGCUGAUGGUCACGCACCUUGGGUGUGGGCAGAGUUAGAUCCUGACAUGGCUUCCUUGUGCGGUCUCCGGUCUUUGCUCGCUGAUCCGGAUGCUGCAGAGAAAGCUGUGGAAGAAGGAAAACUGGCCAGAGCAUCAAAUGACAACGAAGCUCUUGGCCAACUGAACCCAGAUGAUGCUGACGUUGCUCGAGGUGUUCGGUUUUUACCCAAUGCAGCUGGCUAUGAAAUGAAGCUGCCGGAUGGGGUCAAAACCCGGUGGCGCUACCGCAUUGAGCCCGGACAAGCAGCAAUAGCGACGGCAGAAUGCCGCAUGGGCGACCGUGAUGUUCCUUUACCUCCACAACAUGCUCUUCAGCCUGCUGCAGAACGGGUGCUGCGCUUCUUCCCUCCUCACACCACGCUUCUGUUUGAUGAAUCGGCCAAGAAGCUUUUUGCCACCAUGCGGACUCAAAGCUCUGUGAGAAAGGGCAGUAUGACGUUGCUGCUCGGCAUGGAGUUGGGCCCUGGAAGCAAGGCUUGCUGUGCGCCGUGCUGGCUGCUGCUGGCUGCGUGGGACAUUUUCGUGGAUUCUCACUCCCUGUCACCACCUUCCAAUGCGGAACGGCCGGAAGUAUUCCUUGGCCGUGCGUAUGUGGCCCGCGCCAAGAGUUUGCACAAGGUCCUUGAAGCUUUGCGGGAUGCAUGGGUGGAAGACACCGUCAAUAUGCCGGAGGAGCAAAUCUACCCUGGCGCUGAUGUGGCGGGGUCUGUGCGUGGGGAUUUGGUUCCGCCAGGUAUGCCAGCUGUGGAAGGCGAGCUGCAAGCCCUGCCAGCGCUUCAUGAUGCAUCGUCUGAUGAGGUGUUCGAAGUGAAGACGCCUGACACUGCCUGCAGCUUGUCUGAUGGGUACGGGGCUGAUGGAAAGACUGUCCAACCUCUCGAGCGCGGACAGAAGCCUUUGUUCACAGAUCGAGAGAUUUGCCAGGCAACAGUGCUUGUGGGCAAGCCGGUCGUGACUUGGACGAUGGUUCAAGGCCGCCUGCGGAGAGUGGUGGAGCAGGACGAUGGCAGGAAAGUCCGAGCCGGCGUCGCAAAGAAGCAGUGGGAAACAGUAAUGAAAGCCGCGACGCAGGCCUUUCCCAUUGCAACUCUAGAGGAUGAGGGUAAGGAC